UCUUAUCGUUCUCCUAGACCUCAAUUCCCAUCUUCGUCUCCUAUGCUUCUUGUGUACAUCUAUCAUCAACCCGCCCCUUCGGAUUUUCAUCACAUUGGGUGGAGCUGAGCAUGCUCCGCUCCUUUUACCGUCCCAACGCCAAAUCCAAGUUUAUUUCUCAACUCAAACCCUGUACCGGUGGCUCAACCAUUUCCCUAUUCUCUUCAGCCGUCUCAGUCACCACCAUUGUCACCACUCUCCAAAAAUGCAACUCUCUUUUCCAAGCCAAACUCAUCCAUCAACAACUCCUCGUCCAUGGCCUCUACCGAGAUUUCUCUACCCGCCUCGUUUGGGCUUACCUCGCUCUCGACGCCCCUUCUUAUUCCAUCUCCAUUCUCGAACGCUUGACCCCUUCUUCCUCUGCUGUCAUCUGCUGGAACGCUCUUAUUCGACGCUCCCUUCGACUUGGGUUUUCCCGUGACGUUCUUUCUCUCUUCCGCAGAAUGCUAAGGCUCCGCCGUGCUCCUGACCACUAUAUAUUCCCUUCUGUCCUCAAGGCUUGCGGUGAGCUUACCUCCUUCCGAAGUGGAGCAUCUGUUCAUGGGGUUAUCUCCACCAUUGGGUUGGACUCGAAUGUCUUUAUUUGUAACGCGAUGGUGGCAAUGUACGCUCGUUGCGGUGAGUUGGAUGACGCGCGAAAGAUGUUCGAGGAAAUGCGUGAGAGAGGGGUAUGUGAUAUUGUCUCAUGGAAUUCUAUUGUGGCUGCUUAUAUGCAAAGCGGGGAUGCGAAGAAUGCAGUGGAGUUGUUUCGAAGAAUGACGUCUGAUUUGGAAAUCCGCCCGGAUGGUUUUAGCCUUGUCAAUGUGCUACCUGCUUGUGGAUCUCUGGGCGCAUCUUUGCAUGGUAUGCAACUGCAUGGAUUUGCGGUGAGGAGAGGCUUAUUCGAGGAUGUUUUUGUUGGUAAUGCUUUGAUGGAUAUGUAUGCAAAAUGUGGGAUGAUUGAGCAGGCAAAUAAGGUUUUCGAAAGGAUGGAGGUGAAGGAUGUUGUUUCUUGGAAUGCGAUGGUUACUGGGUAUUCUCAGGUUGGUAGAUUUGAGGAGGCUUUGGGUUUGUUUGAGAAGAUGAAAGAGGAGAACAUUGAGUUAGAUGUUGUGACCUGGAGUUCUGUGAUUGCUAGCUUUGCUCAACAGGAUCGUGGUUAUGAAGCGUUGAGUGUAUUCAGGCAAAUGCAAGUUUGUGGUUCCAAACCUAAUGUUGUCACGCUCGUGUCCGUGCUUUCCGGCUGUGCUUCUAUUGCAGCAUUAAUUCAGGGGAAGGAAAUUCACGGUUUUGUCAUCAAAAGUGUUUUGAACUAUGAUUGGAAUGAUCCAGGAGAAGACCUCAAGGUGAUUAAUGGUCUAAUUGACAUGUAUGCUAAGUGCGAAAGUACAAAUGUAGCUCGUUUCAUGUUUGAUUCAGUUGCACCAAGUAAUAGAAAUGUUGUGACUUGGACUGUCAUGAUUGGUGGAUACGCGCAGCAUGGAGAAGCAAAUGAUGCACUGAAGCUUUUCUCAGAAAUGUUCCAAGAUGGUAAUUCUAAGAAGCCAAAUACUUCUACCAUAUGUUGUGCCUUGAUGGCUUGUGCUCAUUUGGCCGCGCUAAGGUUUGGUAAACAAAUCCAUGCAUACAUGUUACGCAAUCAAUACGAAUCUGAAAUGUUGUUUAUGGAAAAUUGUCUCAUAGAUAUGUAUUCCAAAUCUGGUAAUAUACAUGCUGCUCGAGUUGUGUUUGACAAUAUGCAGCACAAAAAUUCAGUUUCUUGGACGUCUUUACUAACUGGUUAUGGUAUGCAUGGUUAUGGGGACGAAGCUAUCAAGGUUUUGGGUGAUAUGAGAGCAGCAGGUUUUGUUCUUGAUGGUAUUACCUUUCUUGUUUUACUCUAUGUUUGCAGCCAUUCAGGAAUGGUUGACCAGGGAAUCAGAUUCUUUGAGAGCAUGCAUACUGAGUACGAUGUCAUCCCUGGAUUGGAACAUUAUGCUUGCGCGGUUGAUCUCUUAGGCCGUGCUGGUAGGUUUGAUCAAGCUCUGAAGCUUAUUCACAGCAUGCCCAUGGAGCCGACCGCAAUUGUUUGGAUUGUGUUACUUAGUGGUUGUAGGAUCCAUGGAAAUGUGGAACUUGGGGAAUAUGCUGCAGCCAAGCUCCGGGAAUUGGGUUCAGAGAAUGAUGCGUCGUAUACAUUGCUUUCAAACAUGUAUGCUAAUGCUAGGCGUUGGAGAGAUGUGGCCAGGGUCCGAUCUUUGAUGAAAUAUUCAGGGGUUAAAAGGAGACCAGGUUGCAGCUGGGUCGAAGGAAAGAAAGGCACUGCUACCUUCUAUGCAGGUGACAGGUCUCAUCCUCAUUUUGAACAAAUAUAUGAGCUUCUUGCUGACUUAAUCCAACGAAUUAAGGCAAUUGGGUAUGUUCCUGAUACAAACUGCGCUCUUCAUGACGUGGAUGACAAAGAGAAAGGUGAUCUUCUUUCUGAACAUAGUGAGAAGUUAGCUCUGGCUUAUGGCAUUUUAAUCUCUAUUCCUGGAGCGCCCAUCCAUAUCACCAAGAACUUGCGUGUCUGUAGUGAUUGCCAUAAUGCCAUUACUUACAUAUCCAUGAUCAUUGAUAAUGAAAUCAUAUUAAGGGAUUCAAGUCGCUUCCACCAUUUCAAGAAUGGAUCUUGCUCCUGCAGAGGCUACUGGUGAUACUAAACUAUUGAUGGCGAAGUGAGUUCUGAACAGUUACACCGGAUAUGGAAUGAAUCUGCUUCUGAUAUUGAGGCUGGCCAACUAAGAGGUACAAUUCUUUUAAUGUAGAAAUUCAGAACAAAGCAAUUUGUGAUUCAUCCUAUAUCGAAAAGAAUCAGUUAGUAGAGGCAUGAUUUACCAUUGGAACGGUAUUAGGAACAGUUACUUCCCAAUUGAAAAUGUAACAUAUUCAAGUAAUCACACAGUCAUGGUUCGUCCACAAGACUCCUUAGAACUCAGGAAUACAGAUGUACAAGCCUAUAGGACAGAUACUCUGUCUUCUCUCUUAAAUGCAGUUCAUUUCUUUGUUGCUCUAUC